GCAUCGACUCGAUCCUUGUGGACCAUGGACCUCGACUAUCGUGAACUGCACGGCCGCAGGUACUGUCGCGACUACUACAUGCCCAAUGACGAGCUCGAACAGUUGCGCGUCACUCUGCUGCACCAGGUCUUUGUCCACAUUCUCGACGGUGAACUGACUCUUGCUCCGCUUGAGGAGCCUCCAUCUCAUGUGCUCGAUGUCGGCACCGGCACCGGAGAAUGGGCCAUUAGGAUGGCCGAGAUGUUCCCCGAGUGCGAGGUUGUGGGCACCGACAUAUCUGCCAUUGCGGAAACCGAAAGCGUUCCCGUCAAUGUCUUUUUCGAGAUUGAGGAUGCCGAAGACUGGGACAGGCCGCCGGAUCACUACGACAUGAUUCACAUGCGCUGGCUGGCGGGAUCCUUCCGAGACUGGCGAUUCGUUUACGACUGUGCUUAUUACUCGCUGAAGCCCGGCGGCUGGAUUGAGGUGCUAGACUUUGACGGCUUUGACGGCAUGGUUUGCAUCGACCACUUCCCGCCCGAGUCCCCGAUUCAUCGACUGUUCAAGGACAUCCACAAAGCUGCGGAGCUGUCUGGCCGCAAGCUGUCCAUGGACCAUCUGAAUGCCCCAGACUUUAUGGAUGCCGGCUUUGUGGAUAUCAGAGUCAUGGAAUACUCGCUUCCCUUGGUCUUUGGCGAACCAUCCAUCGACAAGCUUUGGUUGAUGGCUCUGAUAGACGGCAUCGAGUCCUCAGCCUUGCGUCUGCUCACCGAACACAUGGGAUGGGACCCCGACGAAUGCAAGGCCGUAUGCGAGCAGGUGGCUCGGGAUAUGGCCAACCUCACAAAACAUCCCACGACCGCAAAGGAACUCGUCAUCAAGCUUCGACUUGUGGUGGCGCGGAAACCUCUUGAGGCGCCCAUGUCGAAUGACUCGUGGCCAGCAGAAGAGCCUCUGCACAUGCGCACGCGCAGGGAGGGGGACACUCCCAGGUCUGAGUCUGCAUCAUUCAAAGUGCCUAUUGCCCACACCGAUGAGAUCGAUCCCCAAGCUACCGAGGAUCUCACACCGGAUGAAACACAUGACAUCUCGCAAAAAGGAGGAGCAGGAGAGGUGUGA